AUGCCGGCUACGCUGCCGGCUACACUCUUCGGACCUGUAUCGAAUGCCGGCGAUAGUGGGCUCUUCAAUACAUUCCUCGAUGUCACAGCAGACAGCGAGGCGGGUGUCUGUCUUUUGUCAGCCCUUCUUCCGCAAGGUGAGGCAUCAAGGCAGCAAGACUCGCUUGCCAAAUACCUGCACAUCAUAAACACUCCUUCGAUCAUAACAGCGACAGAAGGCCAAAGAAGCGACGUGACAUACAACACAGCUGAUUGA